GCAGAGGGGGUGGGGUGAAAGGUCACAGCGCGGCGGCGGGUCUGGCUGGCUUCUGCGGCGGGCGGGAGGCUAGUGCCCCGUGUGCACGUGUGGAGAAGCGGCAGCACCAGCGAGGCGGCGGGAGAUAACCCGCCCCCUCUGGAGACUCAGGGGCGUGCUCGACUCUCGCGGCCUCGGUCACCCGCUCAGCCACCCUGCCCUAGGCGAGGAGGCCGGCUUGUGGGGUUGAGGGGCCCGAGCUGUGGGCGCGGAGAGCUCAGGGCGGUGACGACGACGGCGUUGAUAUCGGUGGUAACGACGGCCUCAGCAGGCGGGGAAGAUGAAAGGUAGCCGGAUCGAGCUGGGAGAUGUGACACCACACAAUAUUAAACAAUUGAAGAGAUUGAACCAGGUCAUCUUUCCAGUCAGCUACAAUGACAAGUUCUACAAGGAUGUGCUGGAAGUUGGCGAACUAGCAAAACUUGCCUAUUUCAAUGAUAUUGCUGUAGGUGCAGUAUGCUGUAGGGUGGAUCAUUCACAGAAUCAGAAGAGACUUUACAUCAUGACACUAGGAUGUCUGGCACCUUACCGAAGGCUAGGAAUAGGAACUAAAAUGUUAAAUCAUGUCUUAAACAUCUGUGAAAAAGAUGGCACUUUUGACAACAUCUAUCUGCACGUCCAGAUCAGCAAUGAGUCGGCAAUUGACUUCUACAGGAAGUUUGGCUUUGAGAUUAUUGAGACAAAGAAGAACUACUAUAAGAGGAUAGAGCCUGCAGAUGCUCAUGUGCUGCAGAAAAACCUCAAAGUCCCUUCUGGUCAGAAUGCAGAUGUGCAAAAGACAGACAACUGAGCAAAUUACAAAGGAACUUUCUUGCACUUGCUUGUCGCCAAAUAAAAGAAAGGCCCAUUGAUUCCACCCCCCCCCCUUUUAAAACUUUUCCUCCCUCCUUAUUCUUGUUUUUCUUCCUUUCUUCCAAGAGUUUUAAUACUUUCAAGGACUUUUAAGAAUAAUCAUGUUUGGAUUGUUUUAGUUCUCUUAUUUUUGUGAGGUGGUUUGACUGAAGGAAGGAGAAGGUAGAUCUGUUUAGUUUAACAGCUAAGAUAUAUGGUCCCAAAAAUUUGGGUGUCAAAUAAUUUCAAAUUUUUUAGCUGAUUUUUUUUUUUUUUUUUAAUGUCCUGCUUUCACAUUGAAGGGCAGAGCCUACAAAAUAUUGUAUAUUUCAAAAGAAAAAAAAGCAGCAGCAAUAUCUUGUUCUCUUACUCAUAGACAAGUUUACUGUGUUUGUGGUACUUUGGGUUUUUAAAGAUUAUUGUGGGAUUGUAAUCCCUACAUAUUGCCUUCACUCCACCUCUAGACCUUCUGAGCACUCUCUCAGGAGCUGGACCAUUGUUAUCCUUAUAAGAAAUUCUAAGCUUAUUUUGAGUUUUUAAGCAAUUAUUUCUUCUCUUCUUGCUGGUGGGUGGGGCAAUUUGGGUAGGUAGUAUUAUACUUUGGUCUAAGCAUUUGAGUUAAAUUGCUUCUUUGCUAAUGAGUGGGCUGGUUGUUAGCAGGUUUAUUUUUCCUGCUGUUGAUUGUUACUAGUGGCAUUAACUUUUAGAGUGUGGGCUGGUGAUAUCCCAGCUAGAGAUAUGGCCUUUAACUGACCUAAAGAGGUUUGUUGUGAUUUAAUUUUUUCUCCUGUUCAUUUUCUUCAAUAAACCCAACAAUAGUUAGUCUAACCUUAAAAAUGGAGUUCAUGUCCUUAUAGGUCAAUACCCCUAAAUAAACCUGAGACAGGUAUUUUCUCUUGGACAUAUUAAAAAAUACCUAAAAGGAAGAUUAGAUGGACUUGUGCCAUGAUGAAUGUGUUUGAUGUCAACUAAUGCAGACUGUUAAAAGUGUGGCCACUGAGCAUUUGGUUAUGUAGGAAAGAAUAUCUAGACAGUAUUUUUGAGAAUAACAUAGCUGUACUAUUGCUUAUCUGUUGGAGAACAUCCCAGAUUUGCUUACACUCUGUGCCUACAAUAUUGAGUUUAAGGAUCUGGGGUAAGGGGAAUUGUUAAACAUACUUGCUUCUAUUCUUGGAAAAGUAGAAGUAUUAAGUGUUAAUAAUGCAAAUGUCACUGUGACCUCCUCAACUGACAGAACUGGUUUAUGCUAGAUCAUUUUCUGGCACAUAGGGAGUGGCUUUGACAGGUUGAUAACUUUUUGUAAGAUGGGAGACAUCUGAAAUAUUCAUGUUUUCCUUUCAUAUUCCCAUCUCUGAUAUUUAGAAUUUUUUAUAUUGCCAGUACUGAUGGCCCAAGAAAUGUUCUCAUUAGACUUUAAAACAGUGUACAGGGCUUGAGUUUUUGUCAUUUGACUUUAAAAGGAAGGUUGAUUCAUAAUAUUUAUCCUCUUAUGUAAAAUUCUAGUAUAAAAGUCUCACUUCCAAAUACGUUAAAUGACAAAAUUACUUUACGAAAUGUUUGUACACAUUAAGUUUUUAUUUGAGAAUGUGAAAGUACAAAGUACAAUAGACUUCAACAGUCUUGAGUGCCAAGAAUAAUACAGAAAAGGAAGAUAGUCGAUGAAUGAGUUUAUAAGGUUGUAAUCUUAAGACAGUAAAAAUGUAGAAAGAGAAUGCUGGUUUCUUGGAUAUCAGUUUCUUAAACAGUCCAGGUCUAAGCUUAGAAGAAAGGUUUAAGCAUUAAGCACCUUUUCUUUCAUGGAUAAGCUUCAGCUUGCUCUUGCCAAGAGAAGAGUGCUUAAGUUACAGAAGGCAUAAUUAGUUUGAAGAAUUCAGCCUUUUUGUAAACUUCCAAAUAUCAAAAUAGAUUUUGAUAUAUAAAUGAAUUUUCUGAGAUGACACUGCCUCUAUUUCUAUAACCAUUUCACCUGGACUAUCUAAUCAGUCCUUUGAAUGUAUCCCUUUAUGUGGUUAUUGAAAACCGAAUAUCUGCCUCAUGACAAUUAAGUACAUGUUAUUUAAGGAAGAAAAAAAUAUUAAAUUUUGAAUUGAGUGUGUAGUCUCCCUAUCAUUAUAGAGUUUCUUUUUCCACACUAGUCAGUGACUUAAUCUAAAUUGUAAAUGUUUGGAAAGGGUUAAUUGUCCUACAUCAAAUUCAUAUUAAAUAAUUCCAUCCACUUUGGAGGAGAAGGAUAUGGAAGAGUUGUAAGCUGGGCACUAGUUCAUAUGCCUAUGAGUCAGUAAAGACUGAGGUAAUGUCCCAUGUUGAAUUGGUUAUUUUGAUAUAUGAUAAAAAUUAUGUUUGAAGUAAAACAAUUACUGUUAACUGGAAGAUCACAGGAUAUAUCCAUCAUAUUUUUCAGGACAGGUAGUUUUUACUGUGGGGCAAAUAGGUUAAAAUUAUACUGUAUGGUAAUUGCAUUGAGGUUCUAAAGAAAGGAAUCUGUAGAGAAAUCUAUGCAAUAUAUAAUGUCUGGAUUAGUUUUCAUUUGGGGAAAGAAGUUCUGAAAUAUCUCCAAAACAUUUUACUUCAAUUGAAAGUCCUCCAAAAAGAGAACUAUUGGGAAACCAUGGUGUGUGGUGGUGGAAAAGAAAAGCUCCCUCGGUUUUUUGGAGGGAAUAACUUUAAAAAUACUUAAAUGGCUAAGUUUACUUGGUGCAGUUAAGAAUUAAACUUGUCAAUUUUAACAUUGCUGUUACAUCUGAAAUAAACUUAUGUUCUGGUAGUGAUCUGUGAUGUCUAUAAAUAUCAAAGAAAACCCUACAUUGUGUUGAA